AUGGCUGAAAGGUGUGAAAUGACAUAUGCCAUCACCAUUGAAGAGGAACUGAAGAAAAACCCAGAUUUUCCUGUAAACGAUCUCAAACUACUGAAAGAAUGGGCUAAAGGUCAAGCCCAUCUUCCACCCAUCCCGGAGGAGCGUUUGGUUCUAUUUCACUUCAGCUGCUGGUAUGACUUGGACAAGACUAAAUCCUGCAUAGAGACUUACUACACUCUUCGCAGUAACACACCUGAGUUCUUUAGCAACAGAGAUUUGUCUUCCAAGGCACUUCAAGCAGCAGAAAACAAUGUGACUUGUUUUGUUCUUCCAAAGAGAACUACAGAUGGCUACUUGAUCCUGUACCAGAAGGUAGAGAGUAGCGAUGCUAGUAAAUACAAUUUUGAUGACACCUGCAAGCUAUUUUUUAUGACCAUGGACGCUUUUUUGAGAACUGAAGGAACCCUGCCUGGAGUAAUAUUUCUCUUGGACUACACAAACAUACGAUUUGGACAUUUGGCCAAGGCAAAUAUCUCCAGCAUCAAAAAAAUGUUUCAAUAUGUCCAGGAAGGGGCUCCGAUAAGAUUAAAGUCAAUCCACAUGGUCAACAUGAACUACUUUGUUGAAAAAGUCAUGACAUUUGUAAAACCGUUUAUGAAUAAAGAGCUGAAUGAACUCAUCCACUACUAUCAGGAAAGUUGUCUCAACAAUGUGUACAAGUACAUUCCACAAGACUGCUUGCCUUCAGACUACGGGGGAGACUUGCCCAGCUGUAGACAGUUGAAAGCUCAGUUCAUUGACAACUUUAUUAACCAGCAAGAUUUCUUCUUCUCAGAUGAACGAUUCUUCCGUUGCAAUGAGUCACUGAGACAAAGCACAAGGAAAUUGAAGAGGUCACAAAGUAUGCGCAGGUCUUUUAGAAAAUUAGACAUUGACUGA